AUGAACCACAUUCUCUACAUAGAAUUAAAACGUCUACGANCUGGAGACUCGGACAACCUUGGACCUGAGGAGAGGGCAAAGUUAAAAGAAGCUGGGUUACUAGAAGUGACUGUUCAUUACAAAACCAACACACUGAAGGCUUCCCCAGAGGAGAAAUAUGGCACAGCCAGUCAUGCUGUGGCUUCAGCUCAAGUCUGCAUCUCUGUGGGCAUUGUCAGGGCAUCAGGACUGAAGGCUGCUGCAGUGGCUGUAGCCAGACAUGAUGAUGGAAUGCAGUAUCCAGCUGAAGUAGGGGUUAAUGCAUAUGUCAGAACCAGGCUGUCCUUCCUAUCAAAACAAGAUGAGCGCAUCACCAGGACUGUAGCCAGGACAUUUGCUCCAGAGUUCUCCUACUUCAUGGACUUCCCAUGUCCUCUGCUGUGGACAGAGGAAGACAGUGACGCCCUCUGCCUGGCUGAGAUACUGGAGACAGCAGAGGUCACCUUUGAGAUGUGGCAUCAAGUACCUGGGCUGUCUCCUGACUUAGAUGGUCAGUAUGUAUACACGGGAUCAGCAGAAGUAACUGGUAGAAAACUGUUCACAAAGACUGGAGAUGUAUUACUGGGGACAACAACUAUACCACUGCUCUAUCUUCUUACUCAUAAAACUGGUCUCCAUGGCUGGUACCCUGUCCACCUCCCAUCCCUGGGCUGGGCAAAAAAGGCUGGAAAAGAUGAAGUACAGGCAGAUGAUUCCUCCCCUCACCAUGGAAACAAAGGACUAGAGCGUGUGGUUGGUGGACUUGAGGUGUCACUCAGGUUUGCUCACCAUGACGACCGUGGUAGAGUGAUCCAUGCUGCCAGAGGAGUGGGUUGGGCUCCUGAGUAUGACCUGGAGGAUGACUGGGAAAGUGCAGAUGAAAGUUCAGACGGCAUAAACCAUGUAACUGUCCAUGUGGACAUGGGGGCUUUCCCACUGACCAAUGCUCUCAUAGCUGGACAAACUAAACUGGACAAGAAUGCCAGGUGCUAUGUCAGGUACAAGUUCUUUGACAAAGCUGCUACCCUGUCCAGGCUAUCUCCACUGACAGUGCAUGAAGAAGGUUAUAUAGUAUCUGCGGUAAACCAUCAACAUAACUUGAACAUCAGUAGAUCUGCACCUUUCUUAUGGUAUUUGAAGGAAGAGAAACUUGAAGUUCAGUUAUGGGUGAGCUACAGUGGUAAGGAGGGAGAGAGAGCCAAGCCACGGCACAGGGACAAACUUAUAGGCUGUGCUUACAUAGACCUGGAGAGUCUAACAGACAGGAGGAGAAGACAACAUAGGGUUAGUGGCAUGUACCCCCUGUUCAAGCCAGGGGUGUCCAGUCUGGGGGGUGCUUUCCUCAGGGCACAUGUCACUCUGAAACCAGCAUUUGGAAGAAUGGAACAGGAAUCAGAAGAAGAGGUGACAUUUGCCAGCAGCGAUGAAAACUCUGACGUAGAAAUGUUACCCAGAUCCAGACAUGGUAAGGAAAAGGAAGGUGGAGCACACAAAAAGCAAAAGUACAAAGAUGAAGAAGAAGAUAUCAUUCCUCCAGACAAGCACAGUUUUGCAGCACAUAUCAGUAUUGAGAGGGCUUUACAUUUACCUGUUGUCACAGACAAGCACAGCCAUGAAACAGGUCCACCAAACAGCUACGUAGCCUACCAGACUGCAGAGAAAACCGUCCCAUCCCAUACUAAUGUAGUCCCCAGUACAGACUGCCCACUGUGGGAGCAUCAGCAUGAUACCAGGCUCAGCAAAGACCUGCUGUAUGGAGAGAGCAAGCAUCUGGUCUUCAAGGUGUGGCACAAACCAAAGGCAGCUUCACAGUCACCAGAUAAGUUAGUGGACAGAGUGUUAGGGUUUGUAUCUGUGGACCUGUCCCCUCUCUUGCAUGGUCUGAAGCAGAUUUGUGGCUGGUAUAACAUCAUGGACUUCAGUGGACAGUGCCAGGGCCAGAUUAAAGUUAGUGUGGUUCCCCAGGAGAUACUCCAGCCCAUAGAGAAGUCUGCACCAGAGGGGAAUACUACACCAAAGAAACCAUUUGGAGGAAUGUAUGCAUCAUCUGCCACCUAUCCAAGUUUUCCUGCCCAUCUCUCCUGGUACCCAGAACAGCAGAUACGGCUUGAAGAGCAGCACUCACUGCCACCUCUGCCACCUCAUCAUGAAGAGCACUAUCAGAAUGUCAAAAAGUACCAUGAACAGUUACACCAGCAGGGGGCAGCACCAGCACAUCAUCACCAGGUGGCACCACCGGAUCAUUACCAGGCAGCAGCAGAGAGGGAGCCACUUCAGCAGGGAAAUUCAUCCAGUUCUUUCCUUUUCUCAAAUCUCAGGUCCAAUAUGCGUGAUUUGGAUGAUAUCACAAGAAGACUGCAGUUCAAGUUGGCAAGUUCUAAAUGGCCAGAUGAACUGACAUCACAACAACAACAACACCAACAACAACAACAGCACCAACAAAGACCACAGACACAGCCCGAACGACAUGGUAGACACAAACAAAACUCACACAAUCCAGUAGCUGGAAUUGUACACCAAACUGUGCAGGAUAUGUUUGGAAGUACAGACAGGCCUCAUCUUGAAAGAGAAGGUAAAGUGACACCUGUUGAGAGCCUUGGACUACUUUCUGGCAGCAAAAUGCCUCAAACUGGGCCUGGCUCAGGCAAAGGUGAAGAAUCUCAAGGUGAUCAAAGACCACACGCUCUUUUGUCUCCAAAGCUUGCAGCUAAGUUUCCAUCAUACAAUCCUGAGAAACAGACUUCUGGUGAGGAGCCCUCCAGACCUGACAAAUUAAAACACACAGUUCAGGACCCAGUUAAUGGAAGAGAAGGCAGUGUGGUUACAAAAUUGCAAUUCGACGACAUACCUCCAAGACCACAUACAGCACAGCCUACAGAUAGGACUGAUUUAGACGUUCAACUGAGAGCAAUGUCUCCUGCCUCUUCACUUCUCUCAGUACAUGAUAGUGAUGAUGAUGAUGAAAUUUUAACAGGAUGGAAACAGAGGCCAAGUUCCUCAGAAGGUGAAGAAGAUGUGGAAAACGAGGACACAAGUUUUGUGGUCCCAAAACCUCUCAAUGAUAUCUCUAGCUGGGGACUAGAGGAAAGGACAGGCAAACUGCCACAGCCAGCUGAGUUCAAACCAGUAGGGCCUCCUAAAGUUCAAAGGUUUAGUGAGAAGGAUAGCUGGCUAAGUGAUGCUUCCAUUGCUCCUGAACAGUCACGUCUUGACAAGACAUCGCCAGUGACCUCUGUUGGGCAACAUCUGUUACAUGAUGAAGUUCAAAGAUCUGAAGAAGAGGAUCAAGAAAUAGAGGCAUUUUUCACGAACCCGCCCCCAUCUUCAGACAGACAAUCUCCCUCAGUGGUUCCAACUGGUGACAGGCACAGACAGCCUGAAUUCAGAAAGGAGACCUCAGCCUCCAGCACGCCCAGCCCCAUCCUGCCACCACCAUCUCAGCACAAACAACAGGAGUUGACUGGAGCACAAUCCAGCAGCACCCUGAAGACACCCAGUCCAGUUAGUCCAGUGUUCAUGACAAAUACUGAAUAUGAUCACCAGGUUAAUUUCACACCAGAGAAAGGGCUGAGCGGGACCCCAACACCAUGUUCUUCUGACCUGGACAGCCAGCAACAUUAUUCACCUCGUACAGUGCCACUUUUAGGUAGAUCUGAUGCAAGACAGGCCCAACACAGUGGUGAAUUGACCUCUCAUGGUCCUGUCUUGACCAAGAGAGAAGAGGAGAGGUAUAUGAGAGAUGUGGACACUGGUAAUAGACUUAAUAAAGAGAAAGGCAAGUCUCCUGUAAAAACAGGACCUAGAUUCUCUGAAAGAGAUGGCGAUCAGGACUCCAGCAGCGAAACAGAAGUUCUACCUUUAUCUAGAGCACCUGCAGAUCUAAAGGAGAACGUACCACCAAGAUCUCAGGAAUUAUCCCAGGCAUCCACUGUUCCAAACUUCUUCCUGCCAGCCCAGGACCUGGAGGCUUCCAUGAGGGCACUGCAGAUGGCCACUGCUCUCCAUCCUAGACCAGAACCAAGGAGGCAGGACAUUAUAGAUCAAGCUCCUCAAGAUACCAGAACAGAACAAAAAGCAAAAGCUGCCAAUGAACUGGUAAACAGACUGUCUUCCAAACCAGGCAACAAGCCUAAGAUGCCUUUAUCAGUAAAAAGCAGACCUCUUCCCACUGCAGAAGAGACAAAGCGAAUAGCAAAAAUAUUUUCAUCAAAUCUUUCAUGAUUUAAAGUUCAUAAUUAUCUACACAGUGAUACUGUUAUCCACUUCACCCAACAGGUUUUACCUGAAUUAAGUUAAUGACAUUUUAGCCAAAGCUUUCAAAAAUGACUGCCAAUGCUCAGGUAAAUAAUCUUUUUCAAACAGUAUAUUUAUUAAAAUUCAUGGAAGUAGAAUCUUGGACAAUGUUUGUGUAACAAUUACAGAUGUAUAAAUAUUCAUGACUUAAAUAUGUAUUAGAAUAUAAUGAGAUGACAUUCAAUUAUAUUUGAGUGCAGUUUUUAUACACACUGCAGUUAUUUUGUUCAUUCAUGAUCUUUAGGGAAAAGAAGACUAUUUAUUAAAUUAGUAAAAUAAAAAGAUUCCUUGCCAAACAAAGCAUACCAUUACAGUUAACGUUACAUUUUCUUGUAAGAACACCAUAAUGUCUAGAGAGAUUGGCAUUAAAUUAAAAAUGACUGCAUCAAAAUGAUUUGCUGUCGUAAAAUAUUUAGUACAGUUAAAUCUAACACAAGAUCUCUGAUAAGAUGAGAAAGUUUUUAUAGUUAAUUCAAUUACCAUGUAAUACUGUGUCAUCGAUACUAAAUUUCUUUGAUGAGAAUACAUAUUUAUUAAAUGCAAUCACUAA